UUUUUUUCGGUUGUUCUCGGAGAGAAAUACAUCAGCUUUAUAUCACUCAACAAUGAAAAGUGAUAUCAAAAACUAUCUGCGUAGAAGAGAAUUAUAUAACGAAAAUGAAUAUGAAGCUUCGAAAUUGCCGAGUUUUACAAUCCAAGUGAUUGCCGAGGAAUCGAUUUCAUCGCUGGAUCAAUUCCUGAACGCGAUACUGAACAAAAUAGCAGACUACAGGUGUAUGGCCAAUGUAUUCAGUCUCCUAAACGCAGAGAAAGCAAAAUAUUACCUGCCUCAUGUGCAACGAUCAUUCACGGUGGAAGAAUUUUUGACGAAAAAAAUAAAAUCGCAUGCCCUUCCCCAGUCGCCGUCACUCUUAAACAGAAAUAAAUAUUCUAUAAACUCAAGCAUAACCAAUAAAUAUUCAAUCGAUAGUUGCAAAUACGUUUCGUUCUUGUACGACCACUGUGUUAAUGCUUUCAACAUCGUCAAAAAUGCCGGUCAAGUGUUGUAUCAGUACGAGUUUUUUACCAAUAUUAAAACAAUCACCGGCGAUAUAACGACUCAUUUGAGAAUCAUGUUUUUUAGCGCCGAGUACUAUGACACCAUGCUCAAACAGAUCUCGUAUGAUAUAGUUCCGAUGCAGGAUAUCGUCUUCAAAUAUAUCCAUAAAAAAAACAUACAUCCUUGGAACACGGAAGUGGUGCCAUACUUGUACGUGAUUAUGACGUCAUUGAACAAUUACCAGUUGAGUUCCUGCAAAUCACAGGCGAACACUUAUCUAGUGUUUAACAAGACCAACUCUGAUACAAACCCCUCGCACCUGCACCACAAAGAACUGCAGAAGAUUUUGAAAAAAAUAAGCUUUGACCCUCAGGCGGACAACACAUACGGUAUCCAGUUAUCAGUACUCAAAAAUUUGUACUCUUUCUACGAAUUCCAACUACAAGUAAUAAAGGAUCAAAUCGUUUUCAAGAAGUAUAUACUUUUUUAUUGGAGAGGAGAAAUUAAAACUUUCGAAAACAUUUUCAACAACAUACGCUACACCGUUAUGAACCCGUCGUACAUGUACGAAUUAAACGACAUUUAUUACAAACUCGUUUUGGCCAAGGUAUUAUACGAAAUAGAAAUAUUCUUUAUGCCAUAUAGUAAUUGGAAUGAUAAUACGUUUGUAUUAGAAGAUGAAGAUAUACUGAACUUGAGUACAGACAUUCUGUCCGUUAAUGACUAUCCUAAAUCAUAUAAAUAUCUUGUUCAGCAAAUAAAUUUAUUAUUUAAAUAUUAUUUAGUAAAUAUAAAGAUGAACCACAAUUUUCCUAUGUGUAGAACUAUAAGAAAAAACGUAAAAGAGGAAUUCGAAAGAUUAGGAGUUAUCGUAAACGUGGUGCAAAUGGAAACUCCCAAUAAUGUAAAUCCGCUAUCCAAUGAAGAAUUAACUACAAUUAAAUCCAAUAUCGAGAAAAUAGUUGAAUCCAGAGCAUAUGUAAGCCAAGAAUUUAUAGGCAAAUUUUUGAACCAAUUUAAUUUUGAACCAGUUUAAUUAAUUAUUUUUAGUUAAUGAUAACAAUAAGAUUUUAAUGUUUCUUUGAUAAUGUAUAUAAUUUGCAAAUGUUUUAUAUCGUUCCUAGUCAACAAAUCUAGUGGUUUGUCAAGAAUUUUAAAUAAA